GAAAAAAGCCGAAGCUCCAGAACACCAUCCCGCGAGCUAUGAUGAAGAAGUAUCUGGGACACGUACAUUGGAAGUCAAAAUGCCCAACACUAGAGAACGGGAUCUUCAACUGAAGAACUGAAAAUAGAGGCAAAACUGCGAAUGAUUAUUUGGAAACACUGUGGGGAAACUGACUGGUUUGCGCUCGCUUCCCUUAAUCAUGGAUGAUUUUAACUCAAAAGCGUGAAGAAAUCACCGGGACAAAACAUAACAGCUCCUUUGUUUAGUCUGUGGGGUUUUUGACGCGUAAUACUGAGAUGCCAUGACGCGUCGGACUUGUGCGUAAAAGCGCGGCUGAACGCGGACAGAUCUCAAGAGCUCUCCUUACGUUAUUUAUCCAACAUCAUACACGAAUCGGAUGGUGUAACGGGCCGUUCACACUGUGAUAUCGAUCCGAAUUGAACAAGCAUCGCGGAGUGACCAAACAAACAAAAAGGGAACAUAUUCAAGCCGCUCACAGGAUUUAUUGCGUUUGUAUCGCUAUUUCGUAAACCGGAUCGUCUCCACGAGUGGAUAUUACAGCCUUUCCCCACUUUAUAAGCGCCACUUUUUUCGGAGUUGGAGAAGGCGGAUACGAACUUUCAUCUCCAUCAAUCUCCAGCUCUCCAGCAGUUUAUCAUCACAGAAGAUGAAAAGCUUGAUGUUCGAAGUGCUUUGUUUAGUGUCCUUCCUCGUCUCCACCCGCUGCACACCGGCACCGGACACCGAAGCGCAGAGCACCGGGCCGAGCUGCGCGUCCUGCGGGCUCAGCCAGACCGAUGGACCCGCGCGGGUGGACGUGGAUUUCCUGGAGGCCGUGAAGAGGCACAUCUUGAGCCGGUUACAGAUGAGGGACAGACCCAACAUCACACACCCCGUCCCGAAGGCGGCGAUGGUGACCGCGCUCAAGAAGCUCCACGCCGGGAAGGUACGCGAGGACGGGAGGGUGGAGAUCCCGAACCUGGACGGACACGCCACGUCCAUGAACGAGGUGGAGGAGGAGACCUCGGAGAUCAUCAGCUUCGCCGAGACAGACGAGUCUCUGAGCUCCAAAACCAGCCUGUUUUUCGUGAUCUCCAACGAGGGCCACCAGAACCUGCACGUGUCCCAGGCGAGCCUGUGGUUAUACUUCAAACUCCUGCCUAAUGUCCUGGAGAAGGGCUCUCGGAGGAAGAUCACCAUCAAGGUUUACUCGCAGGAGCCGGGUGUCGGGAGCAAGUGGAACUUGGUGGAGAAGCGCGUGGAUCUUAAACGCAGCGGCUGGCACACGUUCCCGUUGACGGACGCCGUGCAGAUGGUCUUCUCCAAGGGCGAUCGGCGGCAAAACCUGGACGUUCGGUGCGAGGGAUGCGACAAGGUGGGAAUCGUGCCCGUUUUGGUGAACACAAACGACGAGUCUCACCGUCCCUUCCUGGUCGUCCAAGCGAGAGCUUCGGACAACAAACAUCGCAUCCGAAAGCGAGGCCUAGAAUGCGACGGGAGCAGUAGCUUGUGUUGCCGACAACAGUUUUACAUCGAUUUCCGCCUCAUCGGCUGGAACGAUUGGAUCAUCGCCCCGUCUGGGUACUUUGGGAAUUAUUGCGAAGGGAACUGUCCCGCGUACAUGGCCGGGGUUCCCGGAUCGGCUUCGUCCUUCCACACCGCUGUGGUGAACCAAUACCGCAUGCGGGGAAUGAGUCCAGGAUCCAUGAACUCCUGCUGCAUCCCCACCAAACUGAGCACCAUGUCCAUGCUGUACUUCGACGACGAAUACAACAUCGUGAAACGGGACGUUCCCAACAUGAUCGUCGAGGAGUGCGGCUGCGCUUGAGAACAAUAUCAUAGUGAGAAAGUAAUAUUUAUGACUUAAAUGAGUUGUUCACUUCAGAUUUAAAAUUUCUUGAUGACUAGCUCACCCACAUAUCAUCCAUGAUGUACAUCUUUCUUUCUUCAGUCGAAAAGAUAAUGGACUUCAAUGGGGUCCAAACGGUUCAAGGUCCAAAUGAGAGUUUCAUUGCAGCUUCAAAGUCUCGACACGAUCCCAGAUGAUCAAUAAGGGUCAUAUCUAGACAAACCAUCGGCCACUUUCUAUUAAAAAUAAACACUUUUUAACCACAUGUGCAAUCGUGCACAUCCACGAUUUCACGCAUAAUCACGUUGCGUAACGUAAGCGGAAAAUAUCAAAUUUUCUCCUCCGACUUCAAAAUCGUCCGACAUCGUUGUUUUACCUUUUAUUUAUUUAUUUAUUUAUUUUGUAAAUGGCAUUUGACAUUUGUUCGCUUUGUAAACACUAGAUCUACACUUACGCCUACGUCACGCUUGACCUUUCAACGUGAUUACGCGGCACAAACCAACAUUUGUGGUUAAAAAGUAUAUAAAUGUUUAUUUUUUUUAAAUUAAAUGGCUGAUCUUUUGUGUAGAUAAG